AGACUCUACUCGAAUCGGGCAAACUGGGCGAGCUCAUGACAGUCACGUACAACCAUCUCAAGCCCAAAUGGGUGCAGAAAGAGGGCCAGGACACCCCCUGGAGGUUAUUACCCAAACACUCGGGCGGAGGACUGGUCAUGGACGUUGGGGUGCAUUCGGUUGAUAUCAUUGACUUCCUGAUUGGUCCUAUGAGAGACAUACGCGGCACUGCCACCAAGAGAGACGAUUCGUCGUUUGUGGUGGAAGACGAUGUGUUCUUUACGGGCAAAUUCGGCGAGAAAGGGGAGGUCAGUAUGAAGUGGGACUUUAACGGCACAUCCGGCACUCAUAAGGACGACAUAGUCAUCACAGGCUCUCGUGGUAAGAUGUACCUCUCCUGCUUCAAUUACACACCCAUCUGCGUCGAAUACACCACCGUACGGGACCUCGAGUCCAUCCGCGAACGCGUGCAAAGCAAGGAGGAGCAUGUAUUCGAACGUCCUGAGCACGCACACCAGGGGUUGGUGCAGCUCAUAUGCAACGAGCUCAGGGGCGGGGAGGCCAGCCCCAGCACGGGAGAGAGUGCGAUACGAGUGGCCGAUAUUAUGGACGAUGUUUUGAAUGAGUUCUAUGACGGGAAGCGACGAGAAGCGUUUUGGGAAUAGACGGAUGGAUAGGGGAAGGUGACUAAGCUCAAUACACCACAGGGUUAUAUAUAUGCACUACUGUUUGAGCACAUGAUCACUUGUAGCUAAGCUUGUAGGCUUGUUCUGAUUCGGGACACCCUGUGGCCCUAGGUUGUACUUGAGGGCAGCCCCUGCACAGGACCACAGCACAGCCAAUGGGACAUAUGCUUGUAACGAGCACGUGUAACUCGCAGAGGUAUUCACACUGAACGUACCGUAAGGCUAUGGCGGAUAUGAGCCAAGGCAACGAAUGAAGCAACGCGUACUGGACUUAAAACUUAGUAACGCAUCGCUGCUAUGUAUCGCAGUAGGGGCAAUGUAGGCUUAAACGUAUUAAUGCAAUACCAAAAUUGAGUAUCUUUUAGGCGUAGACAGAAUAAAUUACUACCGCUAUUUUUCAUGAAAGCCAGCAGACGAAGGAACAGAUACCGGGUCAAAAUAACAGAAAAAAUACGGCAAUAUAUCGUAGUUGUCUUUUUAAGGACCUAAAACAAAAAAAGUAGUAAUGCCGUGUAUCAUAGUAGAGGCAUUAUAGGCAUAUACGUAAAAGCAUUACUGCUAUAUAUACAUACAUCCGUACAUACAUCCGUA